AUGGCUCGUCAGGCCGAAGUGAUAACCCAACUACAACAACAACAGCCACAGCAGGCUGCUACUUCUAUAUCUCAUGCACCUCCCACGCGUAACCCGACACCCAGAGCCACUGCCUAUACUGCUAAUUUCCAACAGACUCAGGGUAAUCUAGUGGAGCCAAUCCCAGAGCAAGUCUCUAAAGCUCCUGUCUAUCAAGCCGAAGCUCCAUUUGGAUUUGAGGUUGACUCAACUGCACUUAAGGGUCAAGGAGAGUUGAGUUUUCUCUUUGCCAUCAUGGUAGCCAAUGAGGAUAGCAUUGUCUGGGGUGGCUUACCAACAGUGGUUCGAGAGUAUCUGAACAUCUUUCUGGAGGAUCUUACAGGUUACCACCACAUAGAGAGAUUGAGUUGCACAACUCCAAUUUUCAUGGCACCGUAUAGAUUUGCGCUAGCUGAAUUACGUGAGUUGAAGACCAACAUCUUAGUCUACUCACCCUCCAAGAAGGAGCACGAGAGGCACUUGCAGGUUGGACUUGAGUUGCUUAGAUCACACCGUUUGUUUGCGAAGUUCAAGAAGUGUGAGUUUUGGCUCAAGGAAAUUAAGUUUCUAGGCCAUGUUGUGUCUGGGGAAAGAGUGAUUGUGGAUUCCUUUAAGAUAGAUGUUGUACAUGACUGGGAGCAACCUAAGAAUACUUUUGAGAUUCAGAGUUUUUUGGGCUUAGCUGAGCAUUACUGA